AUGAGUUUAAUGUACGACAAGCAAGUUAAAUUUAUAAAUAUUUUAGGACAGGGACGUGUUAAUCAACUUGGUGGUAUGUUUAUAAAUGGAAAACCAUUGCCUACGUAUGUAAGAUUAAAAAUAAUUGAAUUAGCAAAAAAUGGAGUAAAACCGUGCAAUAUUUCAAGACAAUUAAAAGUUUCACAUGGAGCUGUGUCAAAGAUAUUAAAUCGUUUUGCUGAAACAGGAUCAGUAUCACCAAGGCAAGUUCAUGGUUCUUUAAAAUCAAGAAUAUCAAUAAAUUAUAUUGAGAAAGAUGUUGCUAAUAUUAUGAAAUUGAAUCCUAAUUAUAAUGCAAAUGAUAUACGUAUGAAAUUGAUUGCAAAUAAGAUAUGUACAGAUGAAACUGUUCCAUCAUUAACAUCAAUUAAAAAAUUAAUUAAAAUUAUUGAAUUUAAAAAAGUAGCAGAUUCAUGUUCUACAGAAAAAAGCAAAAAAUUGUCUUUAAACAAUGAAUUACCAUUUAGUAUAGAUAAAAUUUUGUCUGUUAAUACAAAGUCAAGUGAAAAUAAUAAAAAAAAUGAUGAAAAAAUAUCAUUUGACAAAAGCCCUACUAGAUCAUAUGAAGGAAGAAGAAAUCGAACUUCAUUUAAUGCUCAACAACUUAAAGCUUUAGAAAAUUUAUUUUCAAUUAAUACCUAUCCAAAUCCAGAAGAAAGAGAAAAAUUAUCAAAAAUAACAAAUUUAAGUGAAGAAAAAAUAAUGACAUGGUUUAGUAAUCGUCGUGCAAGGUAUCGUAAGAAUCUUUCAUUUAAUACUUCUGACCACCAAGACUAUAUUAUAUCACCAGUCCUUUCAACAAAUAAUGGUUUCUCACCAAUACCACCUUCAACAUCUAUGACUCCAUUAUCAAUAAAUACUACCAAUAAUUGUACCCAAUACUUUGGUAAUAAUUCAACGUCACCAUCGUCGCAUAUUGUAAGAACACCUUACUUUUAUAUGAACCAAUAUCAAAAAAAAUUUUUUCCAGAAUCAAAUGUUCCUGUUAUUUCAUUAUCUAAUGGAUCAUUUCAAAAUUACAAUUUAAUUGGAUUAUAA